CUGGUGUAUAGAAGAUGAGUAUUCUCGCGGUCCGAAGUCCGAUUCCAAUUUUACGUUUUCAAUGGGUAACGCUCUCGCGACAACGGCAGCGGGAUUUGGUUUAAUCACAGAAAACAUGGCGGACCGGCUAACACAACUUCAAGACGCUGUCAAUUCGCUUGCCGAUCAGUUUUGUAAUGCCAUCGGCGUCCUGCAACAAUGUGCGCCCCCUGCUUCCUUCAGUAACAUCCAGACGGCUAUCAACAAGGAUCAACCGGCAAACCCAACCGAAGAAUAUGCUCAGCUGUUUGCGGCUCUGAUAGCCAGAACAGCCAAAGAUGUGGAUGUACUAAUAGACUCUCUGCCCAGCGAGGAAUCCACCGCAGCUCUACAGGCGGCCAGUCUACGGCAGCUGGAGGAGGAGAACCACGAAGCAGCAGCUCGUCUGGAGGAGGUGGUUUACCGCGGCGACAUGCUGCUGGAGAAGAUCCAGAGCGCGCUGGCAGACAUCGCCCAAUCUCAGCUGCGCACCCGCAACGGAGCGCCCAGUCAGACGUCGCCAGCCGAAUCCUGACCUGCAGCGCGCGCUGUGCGAUUUCGGACAGUUUUCAGUCAUUUCACUCGCAUUUGAAGUUUUUCUUUUUGCCUUCAGACUACAAUUACAAGCGUCGCAAGUCUCAACCAACGCGCUGAACGUGUGCGUUCGCGUGUCAAAUGUUCAGAAAAACACUAGAUGCUGAUCACUUUUGUGUUCACAAGACGGAUAAGAUUCUUUCACAGGUCGAUGUGAUCUGUUUACGCUGUUUCUCUGGUGCCCUUUAAGUGUUUUUGUCUAUGAAAGUGUUACAAGUACACAAUCAUCUUGACCUGCAGCCCACCUGAAGAAGAUCAAAAGACAGUAUCCACAUGUACACUUUUCUUUUGGUAUAGGUUUCUUGAUACAGAAGAUUUUGCAAAAAAAAUCUUUGUCAAAGUGCUAAGAGUCUGCCCUGUCAGGUUUUGUAUGUUUUAUGUACAGCGUAUGUCUCGUAUUGAAUUCUGCUUUUGUUGAUAUUUAUGAAUAAAACUGUCAGUAGUCUGUAGCACACCACAACUGCAAGGUUCAUUUUUCUCAUUUAAUAAAUUCCAGGGUUUCAUUUGUUAA